AUGUCGAGUUUAGUAAGUGCAGUUCAAAUAUCAAAAUAUUUUACAAGAGAUGUUUUCGAAAAGAGUAAAUCAGUAGCAAAUGUAAUGUUUCAAAAAUAUCUUUUAAUAACAAAUGUCGGAAUUUCUGCAUCGCUAUCAUUUGCUGGCGAUGUCAUACAACAAUAUUACGAAAUGUUACAAGACGACACGAGAAAUUGGGACAAGGGAAGAACUUUUCGUAUGACAAUAGCUGGCAUCACUGUCGGUUUUGUUUGUCAUUACUGGUAUCAGUACCUUGAAAAAUGUUUACCUGGAAGAUCGUUAAAAAAUGUUUUCAAAAAAGUUACACUUGAUCAAUUAAUCGGUUCACCAUUGUACAUAACUGUUUUUUUCGCGACAACUUGCACAUUGGAAAAAAGAAAUUUUGAAGAAUUCAAACGUGAAAUUAUUCAAAAAUGGUGGCGUCUUUAUAUUGCCGAAUGGAUCAUUUGGCCUCCAGCUCAAGUUAUUAAUUUUUAUUUUAUUCCAUUUAAAUACAGAGUUUUAUAUGACAACACAAUUUCAUUGGGUUACGAUGUUUACACAUCAUAUGUUAAAAAUGAAAUAUCUCUUAAUGAAAUCGAUGACAAUAACGAUGAAAAAACUAAUAAUAAUAAUAAUAAUAAUGUAAACGAUGACUUUAGUAAUGUGAACAGCUGGCCUAGGUUAAAAAGGUGGUGCUAA